AUGGACACGACCGCCGUCGACGCGCGCACCGGAGCGGCGGGGGACGAGGUCGACGCCCAGACGUGCCUGUACUGCGCCAACCUCAAGGUGCUGCGCGAUUUGCUGCCUCCGAAGCGAUGCGACUACUGCCGCAAGUGGCGGUGCCAGUUCUGUACGCUCAAAUUUCCGCUGCUGGGCUUGCGUAAGGGGCUCCCCAAGAGGCUCAAAGGGAACUCCCGCAUCUGCAUCCAAUGCUUCGGCCAGAUCUGGCAGGAGAACGAGGCAAACUCGUCCGACGCCCCCAGACGCCUGCGUGGGGAUUCACAGCACAUGACCCAUGCCUCCGUGCCGGAUGCCCAGGAGUACGUCCGCGAGUCGCGCGGUGUGAGCUUUGUAGGCAGGAGCUCUGAGCGUCGAGGGUCAAUGAUGGACUCUGGGUCGAUGCUGGGAUCGAGUCGACGUAGCUCUAUGGUGGGCUCCAGCAUUCGAGGCUCCAUGCUGGAGUCCGAGCGCCGCGAAUCCAUGAUGAUGGACGAAGUGUGGACGGGCACAGACUCUUUCAGCGACUCCCGCAGACUUUCUUUCAUGGAUAGCUCGAACGACCACGAUUUGACGAAGCGACCGGAAAUCUCCAAAACAGGUUAUGGUGGGCUGUCCUACCGUGUGGCGUCAUUUUUAGGGCUCGUACCAAGUGACGGCCCUGACGGGACGAGCAUGAACUCCGCGAUCGGGCUCUGGAUGUCGCUCUUCGCCGCUUCCAUUCUGCUGGUGAUCGCUCUUGCUGAUGGUUUCUCGCUUCACCAGCGCCUAUGGUACUGCGUCGCAACGUAUGGAAUUUUCCUGACGCUGCACCCGUGGAUUCACGCCGACCGGCUCGCCGGAGGGUCUUCAAGCCAACCAAACGAGGCAAUGCGAGUAACAAAGCCAAACACGGUGGCACCUCAGAGAGCGACGCCAGUGCGAACGAGGCGUCGAAGGUCCUCUGUCGCUCCAGGUAGUGGGCCUCUUCCAGAAAAGUACUUGGACCGCGUUCACGAGAUGGAAGACACGCUGGCAUAUUACUUGAGUGGUGAAAGCUCUUGGAAAUUGGUGAAGGCGACGCAGGGUGGAGAGAUUUACGAGCUCACAACCGACAAGACGCCGUUCGCGAUAUUCAAGAUUGAGGUCUUCAUUACCGGAAUCUCCAUGACCAAGUUCAUGGCCUUCAUGGACAGCAAAGACCCAAAAGAUCGCAGCGUAUGGGACUUCAACGAGGCGAACUUUGAAGUGAUCGAAACGUUUGACACCAGUGAGCUUUUGGACGAUGCGGACGUGAGCGUGUGUGUGAAUACCCAGAAGCCCUUCCUGGGUGGACUGGUAGCCUCGCGAGACUUCUGCAUUCUCUACGUACGAAAAGAGAACUCCAUCAGCUUCGCUAGUGUUGAGCAUCCAGAUGUGCCUGAGCGUCCAGGAAAGACUCGAGGGCACAUAUUCAUCUCGUGCUUCCACUGCAAGGAGGACACGAGCGUCGAUGGACCCGAAGGAUUCACUUUGACGUACAUCUGUCAAACUGACAUCGGUGGAAAUCUACCCGUAAAGUUGCUGUACAACGGCACCAUGGACAGCAUGGAGAAGAUGACGAAGGUUUUCCAGCAGGCGAAGCACUUAUUUCCGAAGUAGUCGAGCCACCAAGGAAAGCCACAACGAAAGAUGCAUGGACUGCGUCUCACGUGAGCGCUUAUUUACGUCGUAAUUGCGUAGGCUGCUAUCGAUGGCAAGAGCAGCAACAACAACAC